AUGGAUUACGACGUAUUGCAUCCAUGGUUACAAGGAGGAGAGGAUACAAUUGCAAUUAUUCUCGGCUUCCUCUUCCUGGUGACAGCGGGUGUCAGAAUUGCCUUUCUUGCGCAGGAAUCCAUUAAAGUGCAACCAUCUCUUCAACAGCAAUGCAAAUAUUUUUUCUUGACGACGACUGUGACGUUCCACUUCACUCUCUUGCUUUUCCCUUUUAUCUAUCCCGCGACCGGCCUUUCGGCUGUGGUCGCAAUUUGUGGGUUCCUGACGGCCAUCGUGCUGCUGAUCCUUUCAAUGUGUGAGCAUAUUCGAUCAGUGGCACCGUCAACCCUCGUGCCACUCUAUGUUAUCGCAAGCCUUUGCUUGGAUAUGGCCCAGUGCCAACGUCUGGGAUAUCAGGGCCAGCAAAGCGUACCUUACAUCAUCACUGCCAUGCUCGUGCUCAACAAGGUCGCAGUGAUUCUCCUCGAAGCUCUGCCAAAAAGGGGCAUCUUGCUCGCUACCUAUCGGGAUUGCAGCCCCUCCGACACUGCUGGUCCGUACAGCACGCUGUUGCUGUGGUGGAUCAAUCCUCUCUUAUGGAAGGGUUUUUUCACUCAACUUGGAGUUAACAAUCUGUAUCCUCUAGAGGCCGCUCUCUCCUCCCAACGCCUCGGCGAUCGUUUUGAGGCCGAAUGGAGGCGUUCCCAUCAUUUACUGAGAGCGGUCACGAGAGUCCUGAAAUACCAUAUUCUGGCCUCCGGCCUUCCUCAAUUACUUUUGAUCGGGGUCAAAUUCACUCAGCCAUAUCUCAUCCAGGAUACAACGAGGUUGGUAAUGGACCCGGUCGAAAGCCAAAAGUGGCCUGCGUGGCGCCUGAUAGGAAUCUAUGCCCUCAUCUACACCGCAAUCGCCCUACUCGGGGCCACCUCCAAGCACCAGAUGAAUCGGUUGGUUGUCAGCAUCCGAGGGGGAUUGGUCUCCCUUAUCUAUAACAAGAGCGUUGACUUGAGCAUAACUGCCGUGGAGGAGAAGGCUGCUUUGACGCUCAUGUCCACCGACAUCGACCGUAUCACCAUGUCCUGCGCAGACAUGCACCACGCCUGGACGGCGGUUAUAGAGGUAGCGGUGGCCCUGUACCUGCUGUACGCCCAGCUAGGUGUGGGCUUUCUGGCUCCGGGACUCUGCUUUGCGUGCGCCGUCGUGGCCAUGGCAGCCUGUACGCGGCUGUAUCCACGGUAUCAAAACGCCUGGGUGGGGGCUAUUCAAGAACGGACUUCAAUAACCUCGACUAUGCUCGGAUCCAUCCGCAGUCUAAAACUUCUGGGACUCUCAGCCGUAGUCUUUCAAAAUGUCACAAGCAUCGCCGCGCCGCUGACCACCUUCGCACUUUACCUUGGCUGGGGUCAAUCCAUUGGCAAGACAUUGAAUGUUCCUGUCGCAUUCUCCAUCCUCUCACUCCUACAGCUUUUGGAGCCCCCAUUGAUGACAUUGGUUCAAACGCCGCCUCAUCUAGCUGGCGCGCUGGGCAGUUUCGACCGCAUCGAUGCAUUUCUUCGGUCGCCUUCACGACAGGAAUACCGACAAUUAGCGCCAAGCACUACUACAACAGCGGCGUUUGAAGGAACUAAUGAUACGGUAGUCCUAGAAAAUGCAUCAUUCGGAUGGGCAGAGGACAGCCCGGUGCUUCGCAACCUGCAUCUCCGCAUCCCACGGGGAUCGCUGGUCAUGGUAGUUGGCCCGACUGGGUGCGGAAAGAGCACCCUGCUAAAGGGAAUCCUUGGAGAGACUCCCUGGUCAUCUGGAACAGUUUCGUCGACUUCCUCGAUAGGGUUUGCGGAUCAGACCCCAUGGACCGUCAAUGAUACGAUUAAGGCUAGCAUAUGCGGUCAAUCCCCUGAAGAUGCCCUCCUGUACCACGAGGUCGUUGACUGCUGCGGCUUGCUGGAAGACGUGAACAGCCUACCUGAAACGGAUGGGACUAAGAUUGGAUCGAACGGGAUCGCGCUCAGCGGGGGGCAGAGACUUCGUCUUACACUUGCUCGGGCGGCGUUUGCACAGAAGGAGCUACUUGUUCUUGAUGAUGUAUUCAGUGGAGUGGAUGCAGACACCGAAGAGCAUAUCUUUCGUCGACUUUUCUCUGUGUCUGGCCCAGUGCGAAGGAGGGCAACCAGCAUUAUCCUGGUGACCCAUGCCGUCUCCCGACUUCCCCUGGCAGAUUGGGUGGUCGUCCUGUCGAAGGAUGGAACAAUCGCCGAACAGGGCACUUAUGAGACUUUGACUCACAAGAGCACAGGAUAUGUGGCCGGUCUCAAUGUUAAUUUCAAGCGCAUUAUGGAUAAUGACUCUGACGCACGAUCACAUGCUGAACACGCUGAUGUGGCAGUCAAGCAGCCGGCAGUGGUUGAAGCAAACGCAGUGGGAGAAGAGGAAUCGAAAAUGGAAGAAGCGCCAACAGUGACAGAAUCACCAGCACCAAAGCACGGGGACUGGAAGACGAUCACUGACUAUUUUGCUGCGGCCAGUUGGUCGUGGAUGGGGCUCUGCUGUCUAUGGAGCCUGGUGUACAUCACCGCGAUCAAGGCACCGGGGUUGCUCUUGAACGCUUUCAGCAGCCCAAGCAACAAUUCUACCAUCGUAUCUACUUCGUCGUUUCUGGGCUGCCUCGGGUUGGCAGCUGUCGUCUCACUGAUGUCGCUCACCCUCCUGGUCUGGGGCUUAUUCCUCCGUGUCAUUCCCCGAGUAUCGAACGGUCUCCAUCAAAAACUUCUGCACACAGUGUUGCUGGCACCCAUAUCAUUCUUUACCUCAACAGACUCCGGAACCGUGCUGAACCGCUUUACACAGGAUCUCAGUGUUAUUGACAAUGAGCUUCCUGGUGUAUUGAUUGGGAUGAUGUUACAGCUGGCAAUAUUUACUAUCGGCGCGUGUAUGAUUGUGGCCUCCGCUACAUACCUACUGGUCACUAUUCCCCUGGUCAUGAUGGCUCUCAUUGGUAUUCAGCGAUUUUAUGUCCAGACCUCCCGUCAGCUCCGUACUCUCCGUCUAGAGCAACAAGCACCUUUAUACACUCACUUCCAAGAAACCAUUGCCGGCCUAGCUAGUAUUCGCGCCUUCGGCUGGACGGGAGCUUUCCGAGCCCGCAAUGCGAUACUCCUUGACAACAGUCAACGACCGAUGUACCUGCUCAAAGCUGUGCAAGCCUGGCUUGGCCUUGUGUUGAAUCUCUUGGUUGCCGCGCUCGGCACCGUGCUCAUCAGUACGAUCGCCAUGCUUCGCGAUACCGUACACCCCGCAAUCGUGGGCCUGGGCCUGUUGAAUAUCAUGAGCUUCAACGAGAACCUAUCCGAAUUAGUCCUUGUUUGGAGUUUGACAGAGACGUCCCUCAGUGCUCUGGCACGGGUUCGUGAUUUCGUCGAGGAGACUGAAUCCGAAGAGAAGGACAGUGAGGUCAACUCGCCGCUGACUGCGUGGCCCCAGUAUGGAGCAGUGGAGUUUGAUAACUUUGCUGCAGCCUAUACCAAUUCUGCGCCACUUGUUCUUCGAGACAUUGACCUGCACAUCCAGCCUGGCGAGAAGAUAGGAGUCUGCGGCCGCACGGGAAGUGGUAAGUCCUCGCUCCUAGCUGCACUCUUCCAUCUAGUGGAGUAUCGGCAGGGAACAUUGAAGGUCGACGGGCAAGACCUGGCACAUCUCCCACGAUCGGAGCUCCGCCAGUCCUUGAAUAUCAUCACCCAGGAGCCGUUCUGCGUACAUUCGGAAACUGCACGCUUCAAUCUGGACCCAUGGGAGGCGACCAGCCAGGAUGAUGCGAUUCUCAUUGGAGCGCUAGAGAAGUGUCAGCUCUGGUCAGUUAUUGAGGCCAAGGGCGGAUUAAAUGCCAUCUUGAAGACAGAUUUCUUCAGCCAAGGGCAGUGGCAGCUUUUCUGCCUGGCGCGGGCCAUACUACGGAAGAGCAGGCUUGUAGUGUUGGACGAGGUUUCAUCGAGUGUUGAUAUCGAGACGGAUCGUCGCAUGCAGGAGAUCAUCCGGCACGAAUUUGAUGGGUGUGUACAAUCAUUGCGGUCGCCCAUCGUCUAGACACUAUCGUGGAUUUUGAUAGGGUGGUGGUGAUGGCAGACGGGCGAAUAGUGGAGUGUGGCGCCCCACAGCAAUUGUUGGC